AGGUUGCCUGAGGUGAAGGUGAACUUGCAACUGGAUGUAUCAACCUUUCUGCCCACGUAACAACCAACACUAGGCAUACUCCGUCUCCAUACAACCAAAACGUACAUCCUCUUCGAAGCACAAACUCAUCAUGUCAAUCCCAAACGAGGCCCUGCAAAAGGUAAAUAUAGCAAGAGGCACACCAAAGAAACUUCCAUUAGCAUCUCCACCCCUCAUCCAGACUUGACAAGCUGACCUCCCAACCCAUUCACAGUUGGUCCAGGAGAUUGAGACCCAAGCCAUACAAUCACAACAACAAAUCGCUACUGUCAAGUCACAGAUAGCAUUGAAACAACGCGAAAUGCGCAUGCUUCAACUGACCUCGAGUGAGGUAUCUACCCUACCAACUGAUACCCCAGUUUACGAGGGGGUAGGUAAAAUGUAAGCUGCCCUUUCAUUCCUUUUGAUACCCACAGCAAUGUGGAAAUUUCCUCCUCUUUUCCCCUUGUGGCUUUCUAUGCAUGCCCAAUCCUCAUCACGAGAUCAUAAUGGUCACUCAUUAUUGGCAGGUUUGUCUUAAGUCCUAUCGCCGAAGUCGACAAGAGAUUGACAGCUGAAACUUCUGAGCUGAAAUCGGAUGUGGAAAAUCUGGGCAAGAAGCUUCAGUACUUGGAGACUACGCACAAGAAUAGUCGCGAGCAUAUCGAUCAGAUUUUCAAGAGUCGGGGUUGAAGGGUUGAGGAUUGACUCUGAGGAUUCUAUGUGGCUGGGAAGAAAACGACUUUCCACGACUUGGCGGCUCUAUCACCAAAGGACAAAAAUCGCCCUUAUUAGAACCAGUUUCUAAAAAUAAGAUACGGCGAAGGUUUCAUGUUCUUUUAUCCCACCUUUCUAUCAACCGGAAUUCUAGUUCGGGAUCAAAUUUGUGGAUCGGAAUACCA